AUGACAAAUCAAAAGAAUACUAAAAAUAAUAAUAAUAAUAAUAAAGAGGAAGAUGAAGCAGCAGCUGCAGCAACCAAUAAAUUAAUAUAUGAAUCUUAUAUAUCUGACUUUGACUUUGAAGGUAAGGGAAGAGAUGUACAAACAAGAUGUCAAGCGAUAAGAGCAGAGGCUGAUAGUAUCAUUAUGUCACUUCGAAAUAGAUUCACAUUGGAUCUAUUACAACUACCUCCAUCGAUUCGUUCAAUGAAUAUGAAAGACUUUUUAGAGUUAUAUUGUAAUACUCAACAACAACAACAACAACAAGAACAAGAACAACAAGAGACUACCACUACGACUACAACAAUAUCAACACCUGAAAGAAAUAUACAAGCAUUGGCAGAGAUCAAACGACAAAUGGUCAAUGUAUUAAGUUCACCAAUCAUCGUCUCAAAAAUGGCAGAAGAAGAUAUACCAACAAGUUCAUCACCUGAAACUAUAGCAUUACCAGGAUCUUCAACACCAACACCAACAACAGAAAAGACAUUGAAUCAACAAAUAGAGGAAAAGGAGGGAUUAGGUAAAGGUGGUAAGAAGUUUUCUGACGAGCAGUACUCUACACCCUCUGAAAUCCUACCGUUUCUCUAUUUGGCUGGUGUUGGUGGAACUGAAAGAGACCGUUUAGUGCCAUUGGGUAUUGCAGUGGUUAUCAAUGUGGCAGAGGAAUUUCAAACACCUCGAUUUAGUCCAGAGUCUGAUAAUAUUGUAGAACAUCGUGUCUGGAUACAAGAUAUGGUUGGUAAAGACGAGAACCAACACGAUUCAUUUUAUCGAAUAUUCGAGAUAUUUGACAAUGUGGAACGAAACAAUCAAAAGUGUCUUAUCCAUUGCAAGCACGGUCGGUCUCGAUCUGCCUCUGCCGUCAUUGCCUAUCUCAUGUACAAGAAUCGUUGGAGUUUACGAAAAUCAAUGAACGAAGUUAAAAGUAAAAGACCCCUCGUAGGUCCACACCGACAUCUCACCUUACAACUCAUCGAAUGGGAAAAGGUAUUCCUUCAAGUUCAAAAAUCAACCAUUUCAACUCCCGUAUUUGCUUUUAUUAAAGUAAAAAGAGGUAGAAAAUGUAUUACAAUUGAUGAAAAAGAGAGACUAGCUAUGGCUCCAAGCUAUUGGAUGAGGGAAAACUCUGGAAUACUCUCUGGUCUUCUUUUACAUAUUUAUUUAAGAAAGAAUGAUCUUCUCCUCUCUUUUUUUCAAGGUUCCCUUCCUACCCAAAUUGCUAAAAAUUAA